AUGGAGGGCUACCUUGAAGACGGCACGUUCCAGGCGACGAACUUCAUCUGCCACGUGACCGGCAUCAGUUUCGGCACCAAGAAUGAGGUGCUCAACUAUUGCGGCUCCGGGGGCUUGGAGCGAGCCAUCGAAGCAAAGAACACACUCGACGACAAGACCACGCUGCAGGUGAUCAGUCAUCAAGCAUAUCUAUCUAUCUAUUCUACAAUCGAGGAGAGGGAAGUACGCAUGGCUCAGGGGCCCGGGGAUCACAAGUGGCUGCUCGAGAUCAGGGCUGGAGGGGAGAACGGGAGAAUUCCGAGAAAGAUGUACAAGGUUUAUGCUCACCCGUCUUCCAAAGUGAGGAUUACAUCAAAAGCUGAAGUGAUGCGCCUCAUAGAUGAGGGCAAGCUCCCUGAUGAAUCUACAAAUGGAGACUGCAACGACACGAGCAACAAAGAUAACAUCAUUGCUCAACUUGAUUUCAACGUCUCGUCUCUUCCGCCAGGAUGGGUUAAGGAAACUACAUUUAAGAAAUGCAGUGAUGGCAUUAGGACAGAUAGGUACUAUACGGAUCCUGUGACAAAAAAGGUGUUCCGCUCACUGAAGGCUGCAGAACAAUACUUUAAGUAUGAAAAAAUAAUGGAUUGUUACAAACCAACCAGGAGUGUCACCGACUUGUACUCCUUUGAUGGGUGCGUGCACAUGCCUCUUUGGUUAGCAAGAAGACUGAAAAUGGAUGGAACAAAAGACCAAUGUGAGGAAGAAUGCCAGACUUCAUGUUUGGGGUGCUCUGCUAUACACUUUAUUGCCUCCUUAUGCUCCGUGAAUGACCCAUUAGGUCAGACACCGACCAUAGAAGAGGUCAAGGAUGGGAAAGAAGAGCUCCAUGGUGAUAGCAAGGAGAAACUUGACGAAGAAGAGUGUCAUGGUGAUGACAAGAUGGAACAAGACAAAGAAGAGGCACUCAAUGGUGAUGGCAAUGAGAAAGAAGAUAAUGAAGAGAUGCCCCAUGGUGAUGGCAAGGAGGACGAGGAUGAACCAGGGGCACUCCGUGGCAGUGACAAGGUGGGAGUGAAUGGAUAA